GCCCGGGUUCGCCACCUAGGGUCCCCACGAUUGCGAGCCCGAGCCGCAUUCUCACAUGCCUCGGUCCUGCUCGGCACGUGGAAACCUGGCUCGUCGAACAGCAAUUAAUCGAAGAAUCUCUACGAUUUGUCUUGAUAUCUUUCCCUAGAGCAAACGGGGGGCGCAGGUACAAAUAUGGCGCAGUCUGUGGUCGAACUCGUCGCAUUCGACAAAAUUGAUUCAGAUCUCUACGUAUCCCGACAACAUCCCGUUCGCAUGGGCAAUGCCGCCGACAUUGCUUACGGCGAGUUGACCGUGGACACACAUCGGGUAUAUUCCGCCUUGGGCCAUUUUCUGUCUGGAGCCAAGGCCGAUCGAUGCUUCCGUGCCAAUGUCACGACAAUUCGUGACACUGGGAGCUUCGCAACGCGGACCGUCAUCGUCAGUCAGGUCAUGGACGAUGGAGCGGUGCGAGCAGUACUUAGCGCUCACAUUGACUUUCACCGCCGCGAGCCAGAAUCGCUGCUGAACUACUCCGUGCCGCCGCCAGCGCGGGCUAAGGCGUUGGCAGAUAGCUGGGACCAUGCUCGCACAACCGAGGAGAUGCUCCGACUGCCCGGUUCCAGCAAGGGUGCAGUACGCAUGUUCGAGAAGACAUUCGAGCCUGCCAGGCGUUUCUACGAGCAGCACGCUGUCCCGGACAGCCUCGCCACGCAGAAUAUGUACGGCUUACUGAAGGACGCGCCAACGACACAAGACGAUCUCGCACUCGUUGACAAGGCCUCAUUCGAUUGGGCGAGGUCGCGGCACCCGUCGCGCAGCUACACUGAGCAAAUUUGCACAGUCGCCUUUCACAUGGACGGCGCGAUCUCCUUCAUCCCACUGACACACAGCAAGUUGUUUCUCACCGAUGUGAAGGCUUGCAGUAGCCUUGAUUUUGCCUUACGAUUCUUCGACAAUGAUCCUGAUUUCAACAAUUGGCACUUGCGCGAGAUUUCCACCGUGACAGGAGGCGGCGGCCGGACUUAUAGCACCUCACGUCUCUUCAACGAGGCCGGAAAGCUGGUGGUGGAGAUGAGCCAACAAAGUAUCAUGCGUCCCUUUCCUACAGAAAAGUCGAGCCUCUAA